ACGUUGCUGACGACCUGUCCCUGAAGAAAGAGUUGUCUGUCACAAUGGUGUCUUUCUUUGCCUUCCCGGGGAUCGUGGGAUUCGUCCUGGCGAGUCUGGUCUCUGUUCAAACGUCGCCGCCGCCAACUCGACCUCCACCUCCAACUCCACAGCCCUACCCCACUCCUAAGUCGGUCCAAGCUCCAAACAAAGCCACAGGACCUUACGUGCCCCCACCAGGACCGUACCCGGAUGGUCCUGUCUAUGGGUCUGCGAGUGGAAGGUACUUGAAGCCGCCAUCCUUCCCAUCAUUCCCAGUGUCGAGUAAAGAUGAGGUCGAUGAGCUGGACAGACUUUUUGCAGACCUUGCCGCACUGUCUAUUGAACUGGACUUCAGUGCCGAGACCUUGUCUAACCUGGACUCUCAGCAAAGUCUGCAGAAGAAGCUGGUGACACAGCUGACACUUCUGGACCUUCCGGACUUGGAGCAGGAGAACGUCGUCCGGGGCCAGAUGCUUGACAAGCUGGAGCAGAAGCUGCUUGACCUUGAUGACCUCAUUGGCGACCUGAGGGCGAAUGUGGAGGAUCUGGAGUACAGGAAUUCUGAGAACGUCCAGGGCGUGAAAGACGUGAAGAUCGCUCUAGCCAAAGAGCAGGUUGUCGACUCCAAUCAAGAUCGCAACAUCUCCUCGCUCCUGGCGGCCGUUCAGAACCUCAAGACCCAACUGACCGUCAUCUCCAAAAUGAAAUUCACUGUUUUGGACAAGGAAAUCGAAAAGCUGGUUGGGCAGCUUAGUUCUAUCCAAGACUUAACAUCCUUCGAAUCGUGUGAGACUGGUGUCACCACGCUGACGGCUGAUGACCGUCGCAGCACCGUUGUGUUCAACACAGACUUCGGUGGCAACGUGCCUCAGAUUCAGUAUGGCAUUACUGGCUUUAAGAGCAAGUUCGUAGGCGAGAAACCUUCCAAAUCGUUUCAGUACGGCUACGGCUACGGCUACGGCAACGCCUACGAUCCCAGGUACCCUCAGUACGGCUCUCCAUCAUACAGCGUGGGAGAACCAGGAACUCUGGGAGACAUUGUUCUCGCCUUGGCCACACCAGAGUCCAUCACCCUCCAGUUGUCCAACCUGGGGUUCAAUGUCGCUGAGAGUGUGUCGGUGGAGGUGGCUUGGCAGGCGUGCUUCAUGGGGCCCGGCACCCGCCUCGCUAAAUACUGAGCUGUCAUCACCUUCAACUGGUGUCGACCCUACCGAUGUCUAUUUGCCCGCACUUACCCAUCUAGUUAGAUAAAAGAUGACAUAAUCGAAAUAGUCAAACGUCCAGCUUCAAAGACAAAGUCCCUGAGCAUCAGUAUGGCCGUAGGGAGCGAACUAUGAGGAUUAGCUUACAGAAACUUUCUGAUUUAGCAACACAAGCUUCCAUCUGUGGCAUACUUGCAAAAUGCGAUGUCUCAUGUUAUUCUGUAAUUCUAUUCUAAAUAAAAAGCAGUACUU